UCUCUCUGUCCUGGCUAUCUUUUUUUUGCCUUUUGUCAGAGGCGAUUUGGUAACUGCAGCUUUGGGCGACACGGUGAAGCUGUCAUCACAGGUUAACUGUGGAGAGGGAACCGCGGAGCUGGUCAGGAGGCUGAGAGAUGACUCCUCUGUUCGGAUGGCCGCCUCGGUUGACGGAGUUCUGCAGCCGGUAGAAGAAUACAGUUUACGGCUGAACAUCUCCUCAUCGGGUAUUUUCCUCAAGAAUGUCAACUACAACGACAACGGACAUUAUGAGAUCAUCUGUGGAGGCAAUAUGCGCAUCAUCCAGCUGAAGGUCGUCUUUAUCUCCAGCAUUCCAGCGGCUGAAGGUGAAACAACAAAACUUUCCUGCUUCUCUUUAACUCAGGAUGUGAAGUUUGUUCAGUGGGAAACUAACGGGCAGCGUGUGAUUAGAGUGGAUCACUUUGGUAACGUCGAAUAUGGAGGAAGAUUCACAGACCGUGUGUCUUUGUCACCGGACUGGCGGUCAGUGGGGGAUCUGUCGCUGAUCCUGAAGCGGGUCCAGCUGGAGGAUCAAGGGGAUUAUUACUGCUAUGUCCAGAAGGACUCUGAAGAGAGAGGAGACCCUGCUGCAUGGAGACUGAGGGUCCAGCAGGAGCGACCGAGCAUUAAAACCUCCACCACUCAGCCUCAACUCACCCAAAGACCCCCUGCGCAUAAGGAACCUUUGUGCAUUGACAUUCCUGUCUUCAUUAUCAUUACUGUCUUGACUCUGGUGGUUUCUGCUCCUUUGUGUAUCUGGAUUGGAUGGAGCCUUCGGUCUCAUAAAUCAAAGGAGGUGGAGAACUGUCUUCGUAUGAAAUGCUGGAACAGAGAAGGCCGCUCUCCAGACCAGGAAGCCUCAACUGGCCUCUUCACCAAAUAAAUUAAAAUAAUCUGCUGUCUGUUUAUUGUAUUUUAUGUGGAGAACUGUCUUCGUAUGAAAUGCUGGAACAGAGAAGGCCGCUCUCCAGACCAGGAAGCCUCAACUGGCC